AUGGGAUUAAACAAACACAGUGACUAUGGAAGCGGGUCUUCAUCAGAAACUUUCACUCCGUGGGGCAGCCAGGACAUGUGGCCGGAGUUCAGAGCUAGCCUGGAGAGAGAGGAGAGGCCGGCGAGGAGACGAACUAGCAGCUAUACUGACGAGCCUCGUUCGUUGGACAUCAUCAUGCAGGAGUUCAGGAUGAACGGUUUCGACUCGCCGUAUGAGCCGGAGCAAACUCCCGACACCUACACCGGUCUCAGCGCGUCAUGUCAGUACCUCCGACAACGCUCGUGGCCUGAAGCAGCCAGUGACAAGAGAGAUCACGUCAAAGUGCAUCACCCGCCACGCCACGAGUCCCCGAGCGCCCACCAGCUGCAGGUGUUGAGUUCUCUGCCUAACGCGGUGCUGUACUCCUUACUGAGGGAGCUGGAACAGACUCGGGCGGGAGGAAAGAAACAAGAGGAGCUGGAGUGUCGUUUCUGUAAGAACAACGGCGAGCGCGCCUCGUUCUACCGCUCGCACCGACUGAGGUCCCGCGGCCGGGUGUCGUGCCCCGUGCUGCGGGCCUACACGUGCAGGCGCUGCGGGGCGCACGGGGACCACGCGCACACCAUCAAGUACUGCCCGCUCGCCACCAACGACGAACGUUUAAAAUCAGCCGCCAUGAUGCGCAGCGUGCGCAUGGCGUCCGGUCGUCGCCGCGGUUUAGUUCCAGCGCCAUCUAGUGACGCGCGGCCGGAGUACGUCGUGUUUGGAGAAACUACACCGAGCGCGCUUACAGAUGGCGCUGAUUAUAAUAACUAUGAACUAGACCCUCUGUGGGAGGCACUUGAGAGGAAACUGAUGUUUUAA